AUGCCUGUUUGUGACUCUGUGGACCAUCUUAUCUAUGAAGCUUUCUUGGCAGAUACUGACAUGGUUUGCCACUUACUUCUUGAAUGGAUUAAGCCCAGCCCUGGGUGUGGCAUCAUCUCCCUAGUUGUGGUUACACAUCUUCCCGGAGCAGAAAGAAGGGGAGAUCCAGACUGGGGAGGUAUGGGAUUGGUUGGGGGGUGGGGAGGCAUCCUGGAAAAACCACCCAAGAAGAGUAGAGACAAAGUGGCCUUCAAGCCUGAUGAGGAUGCCCUGACUGGAGAAAAUGAAGUUUUGGUGGAGCUACCACCAAGACUAGGCUUCAGAAAGCUCCCUCUGAAUCCUUGGAAGAUUGGCCUUAUGGUUGGGGCUGUUGUUUUGGUUCUGGCACUUGUCAUUGGUCUCCCUGUUCAUUUUUUAGUAUUUGAUCAGAAGCCACAUUACUAUCAAACCUCUUUCAGGAUACCUGGAGUGGAAUAUAAUAAUGAAUUGGAGGCAUCACAUUCUGAAUCUGGGAACCUCCUGAAAACAAGGAUCACCAACUGGGUAGAUAAUAUAUUUCGAAAAUCCAAUUUAAACCGACAAUAUGUCAAAUCUCACGUCACCAAAUUCAGGCCAAGCACUAAUGGUCUGAAAGCUGAUAUAUUGCUUAAAUUUCAAUUUGCUUCUGCUGACAAUGAAAAUAAAAUAAAAAAUACGGCUGAGAACAUUUUGAAUCAGAACCUAAAAGAUGGCACAGAUUUCUUGGAAUUAGAUGAUUCAUCACCUUAUCUUGGAGCUAUAAAUGUAAUACAAGCGGAGCACCUUAUAAACAGUGGUUGUGGGUUGGGGAAAGACCCUUCCUUUCUCACUGAAAGAAUUUUUGGAGGGAAAGCCUCAAAGAAGGGUUCUUGGCCAUGGCAAGCUAGCUUGCAGGUGGAUAAACAUCAUAUCUGUGGUGCUUCUCUGAUAAGUGACCGGUGGCUGCUGACUGCAGCUCAUUGCUUUAUCAACAAUAAAAACCCAAGGCGAUGGACAGCUACUUUUGGAUCAACCCUUAGACCUGCCCUGAUGAGGCGAAAUGUACAGUCAAUCAUCACUCAUGAAAAUUAUGCCUCCUACAAAUAUGAAGAUGACAUUGCUGUUGUACUUCUGUCCACUCCAGUUACUUUUUCACCUGAUAUUCAUAGAGUUUGUCUUCCAGAAGCCACUUUUGAAGCUGUGCCCCGGGAUACUGUGGUGGUUACUGGAUGGGGAGCAACUAAAGCAAGUGGUUCAUUCCCAAAUAAGCUGCUAGAAGCUAAAAUAGAGAUUAUAGACAAUGAUGUCUGUAAUAGGAUAGAUGUUUAUGGUGGAGCUGUCUCAUCAGGAAUGAUAUGUGCGGGAUUUUUGUUAGGACAAAUUGAUGCUUGUGAGGGUGAUUCUGGAGGACCACUGGUUAUACCACAGAGCGGUCUCUGGUACAUUAUUGGCGUAGUAAGCUGGGGAAUAGACUGUGGAAAGGAAUACAAACCUGGAAUCUAUACCAAAGUGGCCCAUUAUCGAAACUGGAUUAAAUCAAAAACUCUAAUAUAA